AUAUCAUUUUGGGCAUUCGUCGCCUGUGCAGUGUUUUAUCACUCCGUGAUGGCUGUCGGAGAAGAAAAUCCUAACCCUAAACCUUAUCCAACCUCCAUUGAUGAUACAUCUGCUCUUCUUUCCUCUUAUCUCGGUAUCAGCUUCGCCGUUUUCCUAGGGUUUAUCCCGCGCUCCUCUCUCUCCCACAUUGCCUCGCUGCAGUACCGCAACCGCAUCCUCUCCCUAAAGCUCUUCCACGCCGAGGAGCAACUUCACCAGAUGGUCUCCCGACGCAAGGAGGAUUCGAAGGCCAACGCUCGCGUCGUCGAAAUUUUUGCUAGCCAUCGAAAUGCCUGGCAAGAAGAUGAGAAACGCUUCCUCAACCGUAUCGAAGCCGCAGCUGAUGAGAUAGCCACGCUUCGUUCGCGGAUCAGUGAGAUGGAGCGCACCGAGGCGGAACUUCGGUGCUCUAUUGAGAGACUCAGGGGUGAGGUGGCCGAGAGGGAUGAGAUACUCGAUUUGAUGUCGAAGAAGGAGUCGGCGGCGGGGGUGGAUGGGGAAGCAAAGGAGGUUUGGAAAAAUGAAGUUCAGGAAGUGUUGGACGUGGAGGAGGAAGAGGAGGGUGAUUAUUGCUGUGAUUACGAGCGAAUGGGAACGGUUAGGGUUGCUAAGGGGAUGAAACUUGUGCCGGAGUCUUGUUCCGUUGAGGAGAGCGGGGAUCCGGAUGAUAUUGCAAUGAUGUACUGUCGGGAGAACCGAUUCAGACCAGCUUUCUUGCCAAACGCUGAAUGGCAGGAUAUCAAGUUUGAUUCCCCUGAAUCAACGUACUAUGGGAAACAUAACGUAGCAAGGAGAGAGUAUCCAUGGAAGGUAAACAGUGAUGCUGCAGGAGUGUCUUCGAAGCUGAAUCUACUCGAGCAAGAGUUGGGUGAGUUGGAGAAGGUAGAGAAAGUGGAACUGACGAAGGUCUCAUUAUUUUUGAGGAAACUGUGGAAGCGCUACCAAUCUCUAGCUGGAAAGAUUGAUGAUUUAUGCAGCCGAAUGCAACUCAGUGAUGCCUAUGAGCCAACUCUGAGCCCUGAAUUCCGAACUCAGCAGCAGACUGUCUAUCUCGUAGAAGCAUCCGCCCUCCAGCUUCGCGCAAAAGAGAUGAGGCAGAAGCUAAACACCCUUCAGGCCGAGACCGCCACCGUUCAUAUCGGAGAUGAGCUCGCCGCCUCGGCCAAGCUUUCCAUGAGGAGAUCAAUGGACUCCAUGAGAAACGGCUUCAAGGAGAUGCAGAGGAACCUCGAGAUCUGGUUGGCCAGGAUCAUGGGCGACCUCGAGGGCGUUCUUGCCAGAGAAGGUAAAUCAAGAGUAAGGGAUUACUAUCUCUCUCAAUACCCUUUUAUUUAGUAUUGUGAAUUUCGCUCGAACUUCGUUAAUCGCUCAAAAAAUUUAUUCAAAUUUUGGUUCGGAUCGAGAUUUAUGAGUCCCGAGCUAUGAGAGCCCUAAUUUUGUUAGGGCUGUGAAUUUAACAAAUUUAGUUCGAAGAUCAUUAUUCGCUCGAAUUCAUUCGAAUUUUGGCUCGGAUCGAAAUACGAGCCAAAAUUUUGGGUCAAAUUUUUUUCAGAGUUAAUUGUUGAAAUUGUUAGCGCCCUUACUUUUGUUUUCCGCUAAAUAAUCUUGUAAUUAUAUAUCUUUUAUUUUGGGGGCAUUUAUUAGAUUCAUGUCAGACAUGUUCAAUAUGUAAAUAUUCAUAUUCACACGCUUACCACUUGAAUCCUUGGGGAGAUUUACUUAUGUGCCACACAAUUCUUCUGGAUU